AUGAUACGAACAUCACGUACAAGACAGAUUCUAGUAAUAUUAACAAUUGCUAUAUUAUGUCUUUUGAUUCUUUCAAAUAUUAGUCUAUACUAUAAGAAGUAUUAUUCAUUUAUGAAUCUAGAUGAUGAUGAUGACGGCGACGACGAAGAUGAUUAUGAAGGAGAUUCACAACAAGAAAUGAACCCUCUGACCAAGGCACCAGAAAAGGAAGAAAGUUUAUUUGAUAAAUACAUAGGAGGUACUAAACAGAUGUCCCCCGAUGAAGUAGAAGCAUCUGUUGAACAAAUAGAAGAAACUACUAAAUCGAAGUUGGGUGUACCUGUUUUUGGUGAAUUUGAACCUGUUACCAUUGAACAACCACCAAUCCCACAUAUUCCUACAGAUUUUAAAAAUAUUAAACCAUUGAAUUUUAGAAUAUAUUCACAUAACAUUAAAAAUGGUGGGAAUCAUGAAUUACUGCCAGGAGAACAAGAAUGGACAGCUAGAUUAGUUCCCCUUGCUGCAUCAAUGAGAUUCAAUACAUUAGUACAAAACUCCAUAAUUACAUUACAAGAAGUUUAUAAAUAUCAAAUGUUAGAUAUAAUGAAUGAACUUAAUCGUCAUGAACCAGGAAAAUGGGAAUAUUAUGGUCGUGGAAGAAUCGAUGGUGAUGAAGUUGGAGAAUUUGUUCCGAUUCUUUGGAAAGCAAAAGAAUGGGGAUUGGUUUAUAGUGAUACUAUAUGGUUAAAUGAAAAGGAUCCAAGAACAUCAGUACAAGGAUGGGAUGCGGUAUAUGUUAGAAUUGCAUCAUUUGUGACUUUAAAACAUAAGGAAACUAAUACCUAUCUAAAUGUAUUCAAUUCACAUUUUGAUCAUAUUGGAGUAGAAGCUCAACUUGGAUCAACGGAGUUAAUCUUGGACAAGAUGAAAGAAAUAAACCAAUGGCCAAGUUUCUUCUGUGGUGAUCUUAAUUUGGAACCAAACCUGAAACCACAUAAAAAAUUAACUAGUGAAUUGGUUAGUUCGGUAGAAUUGGUCACUCCAUACAAUAGAUAUGGUCAUUCAUGGAGUUCUGUCACUGGAUUCCAAGGACAAGUUUUAAAAGAAGGCGGUCAAAAUAUUGAUUACAUUUUUGCUCCCAAAUACGCCCAGUCCAUUGAUAAAGAGACCGAGUGUAGUGGAAAUCUGGUGUUUGACAAUAUUGACUUAAGGUUAUACCAAUAUGGUAUGUUACAUUCAAAGUUUAAUGGUAGAUACAUUAGUGACCAUAGACCAAUUGUAGCUGAUUACGUAAUGAGUAGUAAAUGUGUUUAG